AUGUCUGAAAUCACCAUCAACGUCAAGUCGUCGGGCGACAAGAAGUACGAGAUUUCCGUGGAGACCUCUGCUUCCAUCGCCGACCUCAAGGCUCUUAUCUCCGUCCAGGCUGAUGUGCCUCCGGAAAGACAGCGUUUGAUCUACUCUGGUAAGGUCCUCAAGGACGAGGAAACCGUGGCUUCCUACAAGAUCCAAAACGGCCACGCUGUUCAUAUGGUCAAGCUGUCGGCACCAAAACCAGCUGCUGCUUCUUCGACCCAGCCUGCUGCCGAAUCAGAGAGAUCCACCUCUCCUCAGAAUGUGCCUUCCAACAUUGCUGCUGGUCAGGGUUCGUUCAACCCAUUGGCUGACUUGACCGGCGCCAGGUACGCUGGCUACACACAGCUUCCUUCGGCUUCCAUGUUUGGCCCCGACGGCGGCAUGGGACAGAUGCCAGACCCAGAUCAGAUGCUGGAAAUGAUGAGCAGCCCGAUGUUCCAAGAGCAGAUGAACUCGCUCUUGCUGAACCCGCAGAUGUUGGACUUUAUGAUCAACCAGAACCCACAGCUCCGUGCCAUGGGGCCCCAGGUCCGGACGAUGCUCCAGCUGCCGAUGUUCCGUGAAAUGAUCACCAACCCGGAAACCAUGCGCAGCAUGAUGAACCUCAGAAACAUGCAAGGCGGCGGUGCCGAGGGCGCUGCUCUGGCUUUCCCUGCGCCAGGCGCCAACCCUACUGUCAACGAGGGUGGUGAGAGUCAGACGCUGGGCCAGACUGAAGGCCAAGGCUCGACUCCAGGUCAGACUCCAGGUGUGGGUGCCAACCCACUUGCAUCUCUUUUCCCUAACGGCAUGCCUGCUGAUCCUUUCAGCAUGUUCGGUGGUGCUGGCGCCGGUGCUGGUGCUGGUGCUGCUCCUCCUCGUGACGACAGACCUCCAGAGGAGCGUUACGAGGCUCAGUUGAGACAGCUCAACGACAUGGGCUUCUUUGACUUUGACCAGAACGUCGCUGCGCUCAGGAGAAGUGGUGGCAGUGUCCAGGGAGCGAUUGAGUACUUGUUGUCGGGUGGAUUCUAA